AUGAUAUUGCUUCCGGUGUAUUACUUUGCACGGGGUAAAGGAUAUACGGCGUGUAGAGUUGUACGAAGUUUUGAGGAUUUUUUUUGUUGUAUUAAAUAAGACUCUGGUUAAUCGAUUUUUCUGCAUGGAUACACCAAGGUGUACGUCUCAGUUAUACGGUCUGUCAUUGUUGUGGGGAUCCGUGAUGAUUGCAGUGGUCAAACAAUCUUAGCCGUUAACAGUAAUAUGCCCAUACCAGUGCUAUUUAUUCGGUAAGCUGGUUGUUGCGGAUCGCUUUAUAGUUUUUUAAAUAUAAAGUCAGAAUGCUCUCUAUUAUACGAAGAGGCAUCCCAGCAAUAAGAAAGUUUACACAGUUGGCAUCACCUGCUUUUAGCUACAGCGGCCAAUGUGUUUCUUCUGCUGUGUAUUCCAAUCAUCUUACCCAGAGGUGUACUGCUGGAGUUUUUGUACCACAUCAUGGCUUGCACUCCUCUCCUUCAGCCUAUAAAAGAAGAAAAUUGGAAGAUGAACCACAACCAAGAGAGCUAGACUUGAUGCGCUAUGACAUGAAGACUCUGAAAAAUGCUCCAAGACCUGCUUUGUACCUGACGUAUGCUAGCCUUGUCCCCUUUAUCUCAGCUCCUCUGCUCAUGUCCAUUACAGAGACUUACUAUCCUGAAAUAGCUUUUGCUCAAGUAACAUAUGGUGCUUUGAUUGUGUCCUUUUUUGGAGGAGCUCGAUGGGGGUUUGCUAUACCUGAAAACAGUCCUUCAAAACCUGACUGGAUGAAUCUGGCAAAUGGUGCUGUGCUUCCUUUGCUGGCAUGGAUGGCUCUGUUGUUUAAAGACAGUAUCACAGAAGCGGCAACUGUAGUGAUUAUGGGGUUGGGCAUAGCAUUACAUUAUGACCUGUCACUUCUCCCUGGAUACCCAGGGUGGUUCAGGGCAUUGAGAGCAAUAUUUACUGUGUUAUCCGCAUUCUCCCUGGUUGCCACAUUGAUUGUAAAAGGGGUUUUUCCUGAGAAGACAUUAAUAAAUGCAAAAAACAGUUGAACUUUGUUUUUAAUAUAUCAAGCACAAGAUAUCUAAGCAUGAUCAUUUAUUUUGUGUGUUACGCAAUUAAAAAAAAAAAAACUUCAAAAGAAUUUGGAUACCCAAAUGUUAUGUUUGCAUAUUGUUUUGUUCCCAUGCAUCAUAGCAUUGCAUUCAUAGCGUGGAUAAGAAGACUGCUAAAAACUGAACUAGGUGAAAUAUGCCUGAUAAGCACCAUGUUUAAAUGUAGAACAGCUAAUGCUGUGUUUUUCCCCUUACUUGAUUCUGAAUGUCGCUCAUACUGAAAAAUGUGUGUAAUGUAAGAACAGACCAACAUCAUAUCUGCCUGAACAGACAAGUUUGUUGAAUGUGCACAAGUUAUGCUAUUCUGGUACUGAGCUGUUGAAAUACAGUGUUUUUGCAACUAAUAUCAAUAUGAAGUGUUAGAGGAGUUUCUGAUCAGGCAGCUAAUCACAACAAGCCUUUUUUUUUUUUUUUUGAGAAAGUAAUAGUGUUCACUUUGAGAAAGAAAAUCUGACUAAGUGAAUUCUUUAUAUUAUCGGUAGAGAAUACAAAACAUGUUGUCCUCCACCCAGUUGUAAUGUUUGCAUUAACCCUUAACUGAAGGAAAAUAAUGCAUCACAGCUUAGCAUUGCUUUAUCAAAGAAUAAAUGUGUUGGAAAUAUUUAUUAAAUACUAGCAACUUGUAAUGGCGAUUGAUAUUUGAAGAUUGUUUGUAUGAGGUUUAGCCAAUGGAAGUAUCAACACAUAGCAGCCGUAUUCAUUCAACUGCUCUGUAGAGAAAUGUUUGUAACAUGUACUCUGUAAACAGACUGUAAUUUUGAAAUCUGUGGUUUUGGUUGGUUAAGAUACUAGGCUGUUACUGGAUGCUUCCUCGUUACUUUCCAGUUUGUAUUGUUUGCAAGUGAUUUUGUUUCUGUUUGUUUUUGUAUUUGCAUUUGAUGUUCAUACAGUAGAGUUGUGACUUCAUCAGUAGCUAUUAACAGCACUUUGAUGAUGUUGCAGUACAGUUCUGAUUCAAUCAGAUGCCAGUACAGCAACCGUUAGUGCAGUAAGAAAAAUAAUUUUUAAUGUAUUAAGAAAAACAUACUGAAAGUUAUUUAAGUCUUAAGACUUCAGGAACUGGAGGACCUUAUGUUAGAACUUUGCUAUUCUUUUUGUUAUUGGCAGUAGAUGCUCUAAUCCCAGUAGUCUUCUGGAAUACUGGGUCAGAUGUUACACUACUUCAGGAUAAAACAAAGUAUAAGCCGAAUUUAUUCAAACACUUUUAGUGCAAGUUCAAUAAAUUUACAAUGUUUUGAGACUGUCACCAAGUGAA